AUGAGCACCAAGAUAACGGUAACCUACAAGAGGAAGCGUGGCACGUCGCGUGCUCAGCAGGCUGAUGACGCCACUCCGGAGCCUCCUCCUGUUUCUAGCAGUGGGGUUGCCGGCAGCGAAGCCACCAAAGACCAGGCCGAUGCCGAUGCUCGCUCGAGUCGUGUUUUGCCGCGGUUCAACAAGAGUGCCAACAUCACAAGAACCCACAAGAGGAAGGGUGGUACAUCACUCGCUCAGACAACCGAUAGAGCGACUUCGGAGCUUCCUACUAUUUCUAGCGGUGGGCUUGCCUACAGCGAAGCCCUGGAAGACGGGACGGACAAUGAUAACGACAUGUUCAAUGGAUCUAAUCUUCAACAGGAUGCCUGCAAGCCAAAGCAAGAAAGCGCCAUAGAAGAAACAGCUAAGCUAUGUGCCCAUGCAUCGAAGAAAGAACAAAAGGAAAUUCCAUUAUGUGAACCAUUGCCACGGACGAAGCGACCUGGGAUUUGUUCUCUCCCAGUAGCAGAGGUGUGGAAUGAUAAAUUACAUUGCACCAAUGAUGUAGUUAAUCCAAUCCCUGCUUCCAGUUCUGUAUGGGAUCUCAGACAUGCCAACGGGACAACUAAUCAAGCAAAGGAUUCUAAUAACUCUGCUCAUGCCGCAAUAAAUUCUCAUGAAGGGCCAGAAGAUACUAGCAGACGUAAUCAAUGUAAGAACAGAUUUAGUCCUCAGCUCACCUUCCGGAGGCGUGUUAAAAGGAAAAUUAAUUUGGACAAGCCAGCAGAGAGAAACUAUACGAACGAUAACGGCAAAGAAUACUCAACACUGGCAUGUAACCCACAGAGUUUACCAAUUAAUGCCACACCCUUGCUCAAAGUAACCGAUGCCGAUAUUUUGGAUACUGCAGAUAAGGUAGCUAAAGAAGGAACAAGUACUGGACUAUCCGUAUCAGCUCAACGCUUUCUUGACGAAAAAAGUUCACACAUGCGAAAAUCAACAGUGCAGCAUACGGUUUCCACACGGCAUAUUGAAGAUGCAAGAGCGGAGGACUGGAGCAAAACUCUAGGUCGUGUUGUUGAAGCAGCAGAAGCUGUUGAAAUGAAGAAAUUACAUGAUGAUCCUCCAGAGUCCCAAGGUUCAACAAAACAUAUUCCAAUCAUUGUCUUGGACUAUGAUAAUGAUGAGAGGGCCAGGGGUAAGCUGCCGGAAAAUUCAAAGGUGGUUCAGGAGGAAAACAAAAGCAGAUUUAAUUUAGGGAAGAUCAACCUGAAUCCUGUCGAAUUACCUCAAGAGAGGCUUCUCGGCCUGGAUGACUCAUCUUUUCAAAGGCUGCCAGAUCAGGAUCAUUUUGUUACUGGACAAAAACAAGUUUCUCAACCAAUUGAAAGGCUAUUUUUUACGAAGGAGAAAGAUGUUGUACAUGGUAAAGAACAACAUCAAGAGGGAACACCAGCAUUGCAUACCUUAAACUCAAAUUUGUAUGGUCCGACUCCGUCAAGGAAAUCUGGGAGUUCGAAGGAACCAAAGAGCAUGCCUUCAGAACUGAAAUUCAGAAUAAUGGAUAAUGCUCCUGAGUCCAGUUUGGAACGCCGCUUGGAUAGUUUCCAAUACAGUGGCAAGUCCAGUGGCAUUGAUUUGCUGACAGAAAGGAUCAGCACAUACUCCUACAAAAGACACCAGGUUCCCUGGUCAGAAGAAGAGUUGGAUUUUCUGUGGAUUGGAGUGAGGAGGUAUGGAACGAGUAAUUGGAAUGCAAUGCUGAGGGAUACACGGCUACGGUUCUCAAGCUCAAGAAUGUCUGAGGAUCUUUCUGAACAAUGGGGCAAGGAGCAAAAGAAACUUCUACUUCUGGAUCUUCAAUCAAUAAGAACAUCUGCUCUAGGUUCUGAACGAACUCACCAUAUAGCUGAAGGUUAUGCUGGAAGCUCAAAGUCCCCAUUCCUUGCAGCCCAAUCAGACCUUCCGUUGGGCGAGGUGCACCUUCAGAAUGCUCAUGCUUUGGAUAGAGGCCAGCAUUAUUUAUCAAGCCUUGGCAGGUUUAACCUUCAUGAAAUCAACAAUGUGCCGAGAAAUUUGUCUCUGGGAGGCUUCCCUGGAGUUUCUUCCUCGCAGGGGAGAACUGGGAGCAGGCGUAGGAAGACAACCAAGCUUCAAAAGUCAAACGGGUGCCAAGAACUACCAGAGAGGACGUCGUCUCAGCUUCUUCCCAUCAACCAACAACCAAUCAACAGCCUUCCUAAGUGGCUUACCAAGGGCGUCGACACCGGUAAAAGCUGGCUCAACCCGGCGAUGCGGUCAAGUGCCUCGCAGGCGUCAGGCCAGUCCACUGCAGAUCCACUGAAAGACGACACCGACGCAUCGUCUGAAGAGACGGUGUCAGUUAGCUGA